AUGUACGAGCUUUUCCUAACGACGCUCGUCGACGACGAUGACAUUCAAGCGGCUUGCUCCGUCCUGGGCGGCCUCUGUGCCAUGCCCGCGUGGCAGAGUCUCAAUCGUGUUCUCUACUUCAAGGGCCCUGCUAAGCCCGGCGGCAUCUCGAACCAGAACUCGAUCGUGAAGACUCCGAGGAAAGACGUCCAAAUGUUGUGGAAGGACCUGCAUCAACAACUCAGUCGCCAGUCCUACAUUCUCCAGGCCCGCUACGAGGUGUUCAAGGACAAGGACUUCGGCCCGACCUCCCCAGAGACCGACUUCAACACUCGCCCCGGCAUCCUCCGUUGGACUGACUUCCCCGAUCCCCCUCAAGGCCGGUCUUCGGUCACGCAACGGAAGAAGAACGAAAUCUGGGACCAGCGGAACCUGCUUUCUGUGAUGAAGGACAACAACUAUCAGUUCAAGAGCGAGGCUAUCGAGGAGACGUAUCAGUUCUUCAGGGAUGAAGUCGAGUUCUGUCUUUCCAGACACUACAUCCUCCAGAUGAACGGAGAAGGCGCCCCCCUCACUCACCUCGCGCCAUGGGAGACGUUCUCUCCGGCUGAUCCUGGCCGCCGCUGGAUGUUCCUCAUCAAGGUCCACGUUCACCAGGACAACAAGCCCGACGAGAUCCUUAAGGCACACGAGCAUUUGGCUACCAUCCGACGCGAGCUUGAGGGCGUCUUCGAGUUCAAGAUGUUCGACAGGCGUAUCCAUGACACCCGAGUUGCAGUCGAGAUGCGCAACGCCCCGGCCCCAUUGCCUCAAGUCAUGACCGUCACCGACCAGCGAUAA